AUGAGUCGGAGGUCGAGGACGCCCGUUCGAAGUCGUGGAAGGGGUUCACCCGGACAGCGUUUGCGCAGUGUCGACUGGAAGCGGGAAAAACUCGUCAAAUUCGAGAAGGAUUUUUAUAAGGAGUCAUCAGCUGUUAAGGGUCGGAGCUCCAGAGAGAUAGAGAAAUUUCUCAAGGAGGCUAGAAUUACGGUUGAUGGAAAAGACGUCCCAAGGCCCGUCUUCUCUUUUUCCGAGGCGGGUUUUCCUGAAAGCGUCAUUGAAGUAAUUGAGGAGAAUAAGUGGAAGGCUCCAACUCCGAUUCAGUCGCAAGGAUGGCCCUUGGCUCUCAGCGGGAGGAAUGUCGUAGGAAUAGCUCAGACAGGUUCCGGAAAAACAGCCGCUUUUCUUUUACCUGCAAUCGUCCACAUUAAAGCUCAGCCAGCAAUGAAGCGUCACGACGGUCCCAUUGCCCUUAUCCUGGUGACCACUCGUGAAUUGGCGCAGCAAGUUGAGUCAGUCGCCCGCGACUUUUGCUCGAACUGUAGAUUACGUGUAGCUUGUCUUUAUGGUGGUGCCCCCAAAAAGCCCCAACAGCGAGAUCUUGAACGUUAUCCUGAGGUUGUCAUCGCCACCCCAGGAAGGCUGCUUGAUUUUUUGGAGACUGGUGACACCAACUUGCGCCGUACUACCUACUUGGUUGUUGACGAAGCUGACAGGAUGUUAGAUAUGGGUUUUGAGCCAUCACUGCGUAGAAUUGUCUCUCAAGUUCGUCCAGAUCGUCAAACGCUCAUGUGGUCUGCGACCUGGCCGAAGGAAGUGAGGUCGCUUGCCAGGGAAUUUCUUGGAAAAUACAUCCAAAUAAAUAUUGGCUCCGAGGACCUGCACGCUAACCACAACAUUAAGCAAAAUGUGGAGGUCAUUAGGGAGUCAGAGAAGUAUGGUCGCUUGGUGGAGCUUCUGAAGGAUUUCGGCAGGUCAAAAGCAAUUGUCUUCGUGGAGACCAGAAGGCGGGCAGAUGAGUUGAUGUAUCGUUUGCGUGAUCGAGGUUUCAACGUUGCUGCCAUGCACGGAAAUAAACAGCAGAGAGAGAGAGAGGCGAUACUAGGAGACUUUCGUAAUAGUCGAAUUACAACCCUGGUGGCCACGGAUAUAGCCGCAAGAGGACUUGAUAUAACGGACAUUCGGUACAUCGUGAACUACGACUACCCUACUCACGCAGAGGACUAUGUCCACAGGAUUGGGAGAACUGGAAGAAGCGAUAAGAAAGGGACAGCUUAUACUUUCUUCAACAACGACAAUCCCAAAACGGCACGACAACUGGUGAAAGUGUUGAAGGAAGCAAAACAGAAGAUCCCAUCUGAACUGGAAGAUUUAUCCAGGUCCAUCGGAGGAUUCGGUCAAAGUGGUCGUAAGCGUUCAGUUCGUAGGUGGAGGAGGACCUCAUCCUCCCUUUCUCGAUCAUCCUCAAGGAUUCGAGGUCAUCGACGUUCACGUAGUCGUUCUGAGAGGCGUCGUGACAGAAGUGUCAGAGAUUCCCACAAGAGGUCUAGAUCAGUCAGUUCUGGAGAUCGGAAAAAGAAGCAUCGCAAGUAUCGUCGGCAUAGCAGUUCAAGAUCUCAGAGUCGUUCAUCUUCAAGUCGAUCAUUGAAACGGCACGCAAAGCGGUCACGCAAGAGUAGAUCUGAAUCACGUCGCUCACCUGUUGUGGACCGCAAGCGAAGACGAGUGAUUUCGGAUGGUAGUCAUCAUCGGUCCCGGUCUCAAACUUCGCACAAACACUCUAAGCACCGUUCACGAUCAUCUGCUUCACGCAAACAUUCGCGAGGCCGAUCUCGUACACCAAAAGCUCGGCGUCAUCGAAGGUCUGGUUCGCGUAGCGGCUCAUCGGUGCGUUUGCGUAUGGCAAGUGGUCCUAAGGAUCGACUAAGGAGACCCAGUCCGUCAGUGGAUCGAUCACGCUCAAGGAGUAAGAAGAAACGUGCCCCCAGAUCUUCCAGUCGAUCUGCGAGUCGUUCUUCUAAAUCAUGUGCGAAUCAUGAUAAGCUCAUGUCUCGUGAUGAGGUAGCACACGUGACAGAUCGUGCUCCCUCCGAGAGCAGCAACGACAUUCGUCCAAAAUCGCGGAGUCGUCACAGGAGUUCUAGAUCAGGAUCUGCUGUAUCAAGAGGAGGAGACGAUGCCUCUCCUAGGAGCGAUCAACGCUCCAGAUCAUUAAGUGUACGGUCAGCCUCGUCUGCGAGUCGUACUGCUGGCACGCGUUCUCCUUCAGUUAGCUUGGAGGAGGAGUCUAAAUUUAAAAAUAGGCUUCACACGGAGGAAGAUGAGUUUAAAGUUAAUGGUGAAGCCUAG